GCUUCCUUGUUCUGCUUUCUUUUCUUCAUUAUUCCCUUUUCACAUCACUUCACUACUACAUACAUAAACACACGUUCACCACUUUCUAUCCUAUUCUCUUUUCUUGUCCCUUCUUUAACUCUCUUCAUAACCAAAACUAAUCAUACUUAAUUCUUUUAAUUUUCCUCUUAAUGGAAAUUGAACAACAACUAUCAAUGAUCAAGUCUAGGUUCAAACGCAUCUGUGUUUAUUGUGGUAGCACCCCUGGAAAAAACCCGAGCUACCAAAUUGCUGCUAUUCAACUUGGAAAACAACUGGUGGAAAGAAACAUUGACUUGGUAUAUGGAGGAGGAAGCAUAGGAUUGAUGGGUCGUAUCUCACAAGUUGUCUAUGAUGGUGGACGCCACGUCUUAGGAGUCAUUCCAAAGACACUUAUGCUAAGAGAGAUAACUGGAGAAACAGUGGGAGAAGUAAGAGCUGUAUCGGACAUGCACCAACGCAAAGCCGAAAUGGCUCGACAAGCUGAUGCAUUUAUUGCCUUACCAGGUGGAUAUGGCACCCUCGAAGAACUUUUGGAAAUUAUUACCUGGGCUCAACUAGGUAUCCAUGAUAAACCGGUGGGGCUGUUGAACGUGGAUGGUUACUACAAUUCACUACUGGCAUUCAUGGACAAAGCUGUGGAUGAAGGUUUUGUAACACCAGCUGCCCGUCACAUUAUUGUAUCUGCCCACACUGCCCAAGACCUCAUGUGCAAACUUGAGGAAUAUGUUCCAAAACACUGUGGUGUGGCUCCAAAGCUAAGCUGGGAAAUGGAGCAACAGUUAGUCAACACAGCAAAGUUAGAUAUUUCUCGUUGACUAUAUUAAUCCACAAUUAUACUAAUGCACCGUCAAGGACCCUACAUUUUAGUAUUUAGCCACAACCCGUAUAGAUGAGUAAGUUUCACAGAUUAAUUGGACGACCAAUAUUUAUAGUCCUUUUAAUUUGUUUAGUUAUGGAUUUAAAUUUAUGGUUCAUGUUCAAGAUUUCCUGUAUUAGUUCUUGCUUUUGUUCUUUUCUUUCUGUUUUUUUUAGUUCGGCUUUUAUGGCUCAAACUAUGUAACUUGUUACUUACGAACUAAUUGUGAAUUAUAUAUUUGACCAAAUAAGGAUGAAAGGUUAUAUAUAUUGUAUA